GAUUGUUUGCCACCUCUAGUUUGAUGAGAAAUAGAUAAAACUUCACGAAUUGUUUGGAAAAGGAAGGAUAAAAAGGAUCAUCUGCACUUUAAUUAUGGCUACACAGGAUAUAGUUAACGAGAUAAAACAAAAUGUCAUGGAAAAGUUUUCCGAGCUAAAAUCCGCUCUAAUGAUGCGGGAAAAAUUGUUACUGCGGCAACUGGAUGUCAUCAACACCACAAGUAAACAACAACUGCAACAGCAGGACGAGGACGAGAAAAAUAAUCCUGGCAUUGAAUUUUUGGCUGAUAACGAGAAAGAGCUGCUGGCAGCAAUACGAAAUUAUGGACGCUUUCAGCUGACCAAUAUUAAUUUGACUUUACAAAAUCAAAAUGAAGAUUACAUUAAGCCGUCCGACGACCAUGAGACAAUGUUCAAAGGCUUAAACCAAAGUGUGGUGGAGGGCAAUCAAGAGGAGGAUGAAAGUAUUGUAGUGGAUUUCUCGCAUCACAAAUCAUUGAUGGAGCGUAAUGCCAAAAUGGUCAAUGAUAGCAUUAUUAACAUAACACUGAAAGAAGCCAAAGAAUUGAUAAAGCAGGCAAAGGCAAAACGAGAGAUUCAAGUGCCACCAUUGAAUUUGGAGGAACUGGACGAUGAAGUGGAAUCAUCAAUUGCUGAUGUGGUGUCCAGUUUGGAGGCCAACUCGGAGCAAUAUUCGGCAAGCAACAAUAACAAAUAUUCACAAACACAACAACAUGGUACAAAACAGAAACGUUUCAAGCCAAAAAUCACAAUCAACAAUUGCAAUGGUACUAUCAAUCUAAGGAAUAUAGCCUCAUUGACUAUCAACUGUUCAACAGAGGAAAACAUUCAGGCCCAAAUACCUGUUAAAUACGCUCAACAAGGGGGACAAGCAGAUGAUCACGAAGAAGACGAUUUGGAAGAACCCCAUUCGUCUACAUCUAAAGCCAAGGACAAUCAUUCAUCCAAAACUUUGGUUGAAUCUUCGGUGGUCUCAUCGAGCUCCAACACGGAGGAAUGUACUUCACCCACCUCAACAAGUCAGGCAACCACCCCAAAUAGUUUAUCCAACUAUUCCAGCAACAACAGUUCACGUUCACACUCGAAAAAGCACAAAUUAAAAAAGUCACAUAAAACACAAACAAAUUCGUUGGAAAACAAGCCAUUACCAAGUGGAUCCACCGACUAUGCUGCGGCCGAUUCUUCAUCGCCCAACGAGGUUACUUGUGAUUUCUACAAUCGUCUUCUAAAUGAAAUUAAACGUUCGAUACACCAACAGCAGAAAACGCGCACAAAAUGUUCCUCUACAGCACAAUCACGACAUCAGGUAAACGCUGCUGAUUCUACUACCUCACAGGCCACAACAUUCAGCGAUUAUAUGUUGAGCGGUGGAGACAAACAAAAUGGCAAUAGUCGUCGUUUCGUUUUGAAAAAUUUUGAAAAUCUUAAGAUCAUACUUGAGGCCAACAGUAGCUGUGAUGAGGAAUCAUUUCAUCCAGUACAAAUUGAACAAUGGCUAGCUGAGAUUAUUUCAGAGACUGAUUUGGAACCAAUGCAAAAUACCGAUAUAUUGGAACAUUCUAAAAUCCACAACGAGUCUCAAGAUACAUAAAAGAGUAUUGAAGUAACCCACGAAUCUAUCACCCUUUUUCAUCACAUUUUAUCGCUGUUCCUUGUUCGAACAAGUGCUUAACUCUACUAUAGGAAACAUAUUCGUAGACAUUUUUUUAUUUCUAUUUUUCUCACCGUCCAUACCCCCUUCUAAGAAUACAUGUUUACUUUUGGAAUUUUGAAGGUUCUCGGAACCUAAACAUUAGGAAAUAGUAGUAAAGUUCAUAUCAUUUGAGGGUAAUAAGUGUACCCUAGUUAAAGUUUUAUUGUUAGAAGAUGUUUUCAAACAUAACACAUCAAGUUUAUUCCUGUAGUCGGUCGGUCACAUAGAUAUAGGAGUAAGAUUAAAAGUGUAUUUCAUACAGGUUUUACCUUUUUAUGUAGUGAAAUGUGCAAAGAACGUCUUCAAUGACAAAUCGUUUUAAUUUAUUUUAUACCAAAAAAAUAUUACCUACAUUUGACCUCUUUCAUAAAAAGUAUUACCAUCAUUGCCGCCAUAUCAGUGUAUUAAAUCGUUGCAAUGGCAUUUGUCGCUUGAAUUAAUCAACGUUUUUAAGAAGCGUUCAGUUUUCAAAUGCGAUUUUAGCAUAUUUUCCAGUGUUCUUUAAAAUAUAAAAUUUUAGCAAUUGCCUCAAUUUAUUACUAUAAAAUUGAUAUCUUUCCAUAACGAUUUACAUUUUUUUUAUUUUAUUUUAUAGCAUCAAUUUAUGUACUUUUCUCUAAAUUACAUUUUCAUGAGCAUUAUUUUUAACAUUAAGACUGUUUUUUACAGGUUUUUUUUUUAUUUUUACCACACUUGUAUGUGAUUAUUUAUAAAGCGUGCUUUUAUUAUUGUAUUUUAAUAAUUAUCAUCCAUGUGUAGACAAUGACACAAUUGUACUAUGAAAUUUCGAUAUGAAACAAACAAACAAAUUUAACCAAUAGCAUAGAAAAAACGUUUUUAAUAAUUCAUCGAAUUGUCCAUUUUGUAGAUAAACCGAGAUUAUAACGAAAACCAAUCCGCACAGUAUUGCAAACUAGAUCUCAAUGUAACGAGAACACAAAAUUUUCUUUAUUCAAUCAAUGUACUUAAUUUGUCGUCUUCAAAUAACAUUUUAUUGUGUAAAAAUAAAAAAAAUAUUCGUAUUAAUUGUAUUAUUUUCUUUAUACAGAUUUUUGUUUUACACUGAAUAGCAAAUUCGAAAAGAUUUAAAAAUAAAAUAAUUGUGUAUUCAAAAAAUAUAAAAAGUA